AUGACCCCUGCUUCACCAAGACAGUCGUCUUUGGAUGCCUGCUUUCAGGGUGCCGCCGAUCUCGGCUUGCCGCUUUACGUCUCCGUGGCACUAGCCAUGGUUUUUGCCUCCGGGCUCUUGCGCAUGGUCAGCUCUAUCUCUCCAGGGAGUACGAAAGAGACGUGUUUUGCAGCCGAGGGUGCUUAUGACUGGUGUAACAUGCGCCAGGAUCUGCGGGCGCUGAUCAGUUUUGGUCUGGGCGCUAUGCUAUGUGGGUGGGCACGAUGGAAGGAAAUGUCCAACCGAGAAGCUUCCGGACAAGUAGACCCUUUAGAGCGUGUCCAGCUCUUCUCCUACAUGAUGCUUGCGAUAUCUGGCGAUAGUUGA